GGCGCCGAGCCCUAGUUGCAGGGCGGAGGGCGGUGCAGCGGCCAACAUGGCAGCCGCUGAUGUUUGUGUGAAUGACAGAGGGAGCGGACGCGAGUGACAGGGACUCCGGGCUCUCGUGCCUAGUCGUGGUCUUAUAUACGCUAAAUGUAUGUAUUGAUGUUAUAUACGGAAAAUAUCAGGUAUUUUUCUGAUUCAGUGUCAGUGCGCGUCGCGAGCAGCGUCGAGGGAAAUCCGUGGUCGUUCCACUCGUGCAUUGCCAAGCACAAUCUCGGAGUUAAUGCUCUGUUUUGGCGACCAGUCCAAGACUUCUGCGGGACAUCGGCUGAGGAAUGAUCCUUCAGUAUGGAUGAGAAGUUGGAGUCGAUUGUGGAGGGUGAGGACUCAGGGCCAGGCCUAGAAGGCGACCCUUAUCCCUUACGAACUGUUGGCAUCCACCGAGGUGAACGAGGCUAUGGUGUAACCGUUUCAGGAGAGAGUCCUGUUAUUGUUCAAGAUGUUAAAGAUGGAGGGCCUGCGGCACUAGCAGGGGUUAAGAAAGGAGACUCCAUCAUCAAAGUAAAUGGUAAUCUGGUGUCACAAGUCAACCAUAAAGAAGUUGUGGAAAUUAUUAAAUCAACACAAUAUGUGAAGCUUACAUUAAGAAGUUGCCCAGAAGGUGAGGUGCCAAACCUCACCUCUCCUCAAGACACUUCCCACAGACCUCUUCCACCUACACCGUCUUCCAAGUCCAACGAGCGCAUCACAGCUCCUUUGCCGGUUAAUACACAGUUACAAAAUCAAAUGGAAAUGAACAAAGGGAAGAUGCUUACCAUGUACCUUGAAAAGCAGCGCCGAGUGCGCGACAACAUAAUUGUCGAGCUGCAGAGAGGCCCUUCAAAGGUUUUGCAGAGAAAUCUUGAGAAGGAGUUGGAUUCUAUAAAUCGUCAAAUUGCCAAAAUACAGGAGGAACUCAAGAAUAUGAAAGACAUUGAAGCUCAAUUACAUUCGCACCCGCGCUCCUCUCCUCGCUCUCCCCCCCUCUCCCGCCCCUCCUUCUCUCACCCCCAUAGCCAGCCGUCCCACCAUCAGACGCACGUUCGUUCUGCGUCUGAGAUUCCCCCUCCUCUUCCCGCCCGGAGCCGCUCCCUCGUUUCCCAGAUAUCCGCUCCUAAUAUCUCCGGCUCCUUUGCCUCCCUCCCCUGUGCCCCACCCCUGCCCCCCCGUCCCCCCCACCUGGAGAGGGUUGGGGAGGGAGGCCUAGCACAAAGUCUAGAGAACAUACAUAAGGUGCAGAGUCUCUCUCAUUCGGCAAGUUCUGUGUCAGAACCUGGUAGCCGGCCACCAUCGCACUACAGAGCCAAGUCAAGUCCUGAUCCCCUUGGUCUUCACAGUAGUCCAGGUCCAUGUAGAUUAAGUGGAAGUGACUCAGUCAGUGACUUAAGCCAGACAGGAUCAAAUACAAAUCGCAGUAAGGUAUCUUCUGUGUACAAUGAAGACAUGGUUCAGGGAGAGCCUCCUGGAACCCCCCCUCCACCAUACGGCUACUUACCUGCAGAUGAAGCAGAUGAAAAUUAUUCAGUAAUCAUGGAUGAUUGUGAUGGUGGGGGAGAGUUUGCACCUUCUGCUCCCCCCCUCCCUUCCCUUCCUGGCCCCCCCCUGCCCAGCAGACCAUCCUUACCUGGCCUGCCGCCCAAGCCAGGGUCGCAUCAUGCAAGCCCUUUUGCUUCUCAAGUUACAAGCCCUACCAGCCCAGAUGGACAGGUAACCCCAACCAGCAUGGCUGGUUUGCUGCCAACACAACCCAUAUUAAGCAUGGAAGAUGAGGAAUUUUCUGAUCCAGAACCUCUUGAAGACCAUGGACCAUUCCAGUCACUAAAUAAACUUUGGAACCACAAUGCUUACCACUCAGUCUUCAUGAACUACGUCAUUUCAAAUUGUGACUCCUCCAGUCUGUUUUUCUACGUAAUAACCCAUCUCUAUAAGGAAGGAGUUGGAAAAGAAAUGAAAAGAUGGGCCUACGAGAUAACUUCUUGUUUUCUUUUGCCGGGUGCCCCUCUCCGACUUAGUAAUGUGGAAGAGAGUGUUCUUCAUGAGAUUGAUGAGACACUACAUAAUGAACUAGACAAGGAAGAAAUACUAAGAAAGGUAUUUUGGAAAGCAAGACAACGAUGCCGGGAAGAUUUGAAUGAACAGUUGGCAGAUUUCCGCAACAAGAGGAGUGCUGGCCUAGGUUCCAUAUUUGGUCCUAGAGACCAUGUUUUGGAGGAGAGCAUUCACAAUAAAGCCAAAGAACUACAGAUUGUGGAACAUCUUUUAGUGCCUUGCCUUGAGAGCGUGUCGGAGGAUCUGAAGAAUGCCACAGACCAAAUGUUAGUAACAGCCUCUAGUCUAGCCACCAUCCUGUUGAAAUACUAUGGGGUGCGAAGUCAGCAAGCUCAUGUUCUUAUUGAUAGAUGUCCGCUUUUUGUAAGCAAAGAGCGACCACUAAGAAGCAAAAUCUUUAGGGGAAAUAAAAAGCAAGUCUACCGAGAACACCAGUUUAUCCAACAUACAUAUUACAGUGUAACAUAUUGUAAUCACUGUGGCCUCAUUAUCUGGGGUAUUGCCCCCCAGGGGUACCAAUGUGCCAAUUGUGAAAUGAAUAUCCAUAAGUCAUGUGCCAAGCAGGUAGAAGAGGUGUGUAUAGGGCAGCUCCACAAAAAAGACAGAAGCAGAGACAUACGAUUCAGCUCUAUUCUGGGGAAGAUCAUGCCUGAUGACAAAGACAACAGGCGGAAAGUCUCACAAGUCAAUGCUACACAGAUUGAAAAGGCACGGAAAGGAUUUGAGGAGGAUAACAGCGAGUUCCCAGGCCAUAUAUCGGAAACUGACAGUUUAACAGUGAUGUUGACGCGGAGUCUGGCCUCAUCUCGGGGAACUCGGGUAGUUCCUCAAACUCAAGUCUUUCACCAAGCCAGGAGAGUCCGAGCACGUCCCUGGAGCACGUGUCUCGGGCGGACGUGCCCCUGCCCGCGCCCGUGCUGGAGAACGACUCCGACAUCGAAGCGGAGCUGGACCUCCCCAACUGGCAGAAACUAGUCUCGCACGACCAAAUCAAGCGACUCAAGCCCAAGGAACGCAAGAGGCAGGAUACUAUCAAUGAAUUGUUCCAUACUGAACGGACACAUGUACGGGUCCUGAAAGUUUUAAAACACCUCUUCCACCUGCCUAUGCUGGAGGCAGGAAUUUUAUCCAAAGAGCAGUCUGAAAUGCUUUUCCCUAAUAUUGACCAAAUCCUGGAGAUCCACACAACCUUCAACCAGGCCAUGAAGAAGAGAAGAGAGGAGGAGCCACUCGUCAUCAGAGUUGGAGAUCUUCUUGUCAAUAUGUUUGAUGGAGAACAAGGAGAACACUUUCAGCAACAGGCGGCAGAAUUUAUUCGGAUGCAGGGUAUAGCUUUAGAGAACCUUAAACAGAAGCAGAAGAGAGACCAGAGACUCUCAGCAUUCCUUCAGGAGCAAGAAAACAACCCAGCAUGCCGAAGACUUCAACUCAAGGAUAUGCUGCCUGCGGGCUUCCAGAGGUUAUCAAAGUACCCUUUAUUGAUUGAGUCUCUCUUAGCAUAUACUGACAGUAACAAACAAUCUGAAGAAUAUGAACAAAUAUCUCGAGCUCUGGAAAGAUCAAAGGAGAUCCUAGCCUAUGUAAAUGCCGCAGUUCAGGAAGCAGAAAAUAACCAGAAACUAAGUGAGAUACAACGGAGACUUGACCAAUCUUCCCUUGCAAAGAACAAGCAUGGACACUCUGAUGAGUUAAGAGGCAAUCUGGACCUAACUAAACACAAGCUCAUUUAUGAAGGUCCUUUGACUUGGAGAAUUGCCAAGGGUCAGAAGAAUAUAGAUCUUCAUGUACUUCUUCUAGAUGAGUUUAUAGUUCUUCUACAAAAAGCAGAUGACAAAUAUAUUUUGAAGAACCACUCCAUCAACAAGUCACUUGGGAAAGAUGACAACAAAUUAACUCAUUCUCCAAUCAUCAAAUAUGGACCAUCAAUGCUCUUCCGAGCUGUGGCAACAGACCGAUGUGCAUUCUUCAUAGUCACGACCCAGUCGGGGGGAGCGCAUAUCUACGAGCUGGUCACCAUAUCUGCAAAUGAACGGAAGGUAUGGUUCCGCCACAUCCAGGAAGCCCAAGAGGCAUAUGGGGCGCGGGAUGGGCGCAACAGAAGGUCGCAACCCCCGACGCCUCUGCCAGACCCUGAUGAUCACCCAGGUUCCUCGGGGGAUGCUCUCAGAGAUGUUGAUGAUGAUGUUGAUGGGGGUGAAACAGCAGAUGGCACAAAUGAUAUUUCUGGUGACACCAAAGCACAGUCAGGCAGUGGAAAGGCUACUGAACCAGCAGUCAAGCCCGAGGAGCCUUUGGGCAGCACCUCGACAGCAUCACAACCCCCUGCUUCGUCUGAGACCCUUGCUAAUAAGACAGCAGAGGCUGAUGGGGCGAGCAGCGGCAGUAGCGGCCCAGGCGGCCCAUCCCCAUCGGCUGGCCGGAGCCCUGCCUCUGGUCGCCGUCUGCAGGAGGUCCAGAUCAUCCAGAUUGUGGAGGGCCCGACGCUCAUCCAACCCUCCGAGGUGAAGGUUUCUCAGGGAGUGGUCCUCUCUGCAGAGCCUGUUCUCACCCCAAUAGAACAUCUACGACGAAAAGACCUGAAGAUCCGCCAGGCUUUGGAGGAAAAACAGCACAUCAUUGCAGACAUCUUAAACAUUCCGCACGAGCACUUUGAGAAUGUGGCUGACAUGGCUGGUGAACCAGCUGUUGGGAACAAGGAACCAAGAGAAUUAGUGUUAGCUGCCAUGUAUCAGGCCAAGUGUUUGCAAGAAACACUCAAUGAAGCACUUAACAUCCGGGAAUCGGAUAUAGUAGCUGCAAGAGCCAAUAAUGAUAGUGCCAAUAAGCUUUCAAGUUUACCCCUGUAUCAAGCUCCUAUGACAAAGCUUAUGGCCAUAUCUACAUCCUUGUCACAACAGCUGUCGUCUUUAUUGAAUUUAGUGUCAGAACGUGAUGACGAGCGUGAUCGCAUGCGCAAAGAGCUUGUAGCAUCCAGAGAACGGCUGCAUCUUCUGCACAUGAGGCAAAACUCUCUAACGAACCAGACGUCAACACCCACCCAACACUCAGACAUCACUACCAGCACUUCCACCACGGCUGCGACCCCUCCUACUGCCACCUCUCCACACACCUCACGACCAAGCUCGUUUGUGUCAGUGGCCUCCUCAGUGCCUGAUCAUUCAGAUUCUCUAGACCACCAUGAUACGGACGAAGAAGGUCGGGUUGAUGCUCCCAAAGUGAACAGCACCCACCUGGAGGAGGGAGAAGAUUCAAAGGAAGGCUCUGUGGCAGAGACAUUUGAAGAUGCUGUAAGUGGGUCAGAGCCGGCAGACACAGCAGCAGGAGAGGGAGAGCAUUCAUCAGGAAGCAGGGAGUGUCUUGGGGAUGGAGCUGCAGUCAGAGGACCUGAGGGCAUAACGGAGUCAAGCACCACCUGAGGCCAGCAGAAAGAUGGUGGUGGUGGAGCUUCCUCCUCAUGGUUGUCGAAAGAUGUGCUCUGCUACACCCUGAGGGGAACAUGCAGGAAUCAUGUACCUCUGUAGCUGCCUUCUCUGCACAGCCUUUUUGGCUUCAACAGAAGGAAGAUGGAGGCUGGAGUGCAAAUCCCUGGCUUGGUGGCCCAGUCCUCUUAACUCUCCAAUCAUAGUGGAGUUACAUUGUCAAUAUAUAUUGAAAUUCAUAUAACAAGCGGGCUAGACAGCUUUGGUUACAGACCUGAGCAUAGCAACACAAAUUAUAUUUAAUUUACUGUGUAUGAUAUUGUAAAUGAGAAAAUAAUAUUAAAAUUCAUAUAAUUAUUGACUCCUGAUAGAGACAUUAUUGGCAGUGUGCAUGUGCAACCUAUGAACCAGACUGGCUGGACUUGGCAGUUAUCAUGACCAAUCAGCAUCGUGUAAAUACUAUAUCGUGGCCGUGUGUUGUGACACCCAAGCCCAGUGCACCCGAUGUUGGUACAGGGGUCUCCGUACAAUAUGUUUGGUACUGCGUAUACCAGGCUAUAUUUCUCAGUUGGGAGCUCAUCAUUAACUGAUAUUGAUUUUGGUAGCAUGUGGAACAAAUUUUUAAGGUUGUAAUGAAGAAGAUCUGUAUAGCAAAGAAAUUGGCUAAUUUUUUUUUAGGUCAACAAAUAUUUUGGUUGUAACUUUACCACCCAUUUGAUGUUGUCAGAUUGUUAUAUCGCAAGUAUACCUCAAUCUGUGUAUCCUGAAAUAAACCCGGUUCUGUCAGUAGUCUCAUACCACUUCCUGCUACUCACAUGCUACAGCCCAAUUUGACAUGGAAAUGAAUCUCCCAACAAGUGAAACCUCUCAGUCAGCUCUUUCAUUCAGUGUUUGUUGUUCUUUGUUCAAAUAUUGUAAACAAGUCACCUGGUGUCGUUUACGUUCCUAGUCCUUUGUGUUGCAGAUUGCUAUCAUCCUGCUGAGCGACUGUGGACCAACACCUGAUUUCUAAAAGUCACUAUGUUAGCAUGACAUACCUCUUUAUAUAGGACCAUCACCACUGAGUAAUUUGUGUAGCCCUUCAGGAGGAAUUGAAGGACCACUUGGGUACUUUGAUAGAAAGAGAGAACAAAAAAAGAGUUCAAGAACAGGUACACGUAUGUUCAUUGUGCAAGAGGAAUAGAACAUGCAUGGAUGUGGGCAUAAUUUACAGAAGCUCACACUUACACUCACACUCACUGUGUCUGUCAGUCUGUCUCUGUGUAUAUAUAUAUAUAUCUAUGUAUAAGUGGUAUAUCAGUUGCAUGUUGUGUGUGCAUCAGUUGUGUGUAAGUGUGUGAUAGACAUAUAUGAAUAUAAAUACAGGCAUAGGCAUAGGCAUAAACAUAAGACACACAUUGACAUGCAACACACACCAUGCAGAUCAAUGUUAUUUCCAAGCUGGACCUCCAGCCAUCUACAUUGCCAGAUUUUUACCUGAUCAAGUGCCGUCAGAGUGAUGUCCAAAUGUAUUAUGUUUAUAGACAAUGUUGAGUAUGAUGUAUCAUAUAUAUAAUCAUGUUCAUUCUUGUCUUAUUAAAUUUUUGGUUGAUUAUGCCUAAAGGGUUUUGAAUAUGUAGUCAGUAUCCUAUACUGUUCGUGUGAGGACAGUAGAGACAGCUGAUCUGAGAUUAGGGUCAUCCCAGCAGAAGUAAAAUCAGUAUAAAGUGGUGAUGGAAGACUCUGCAUCUUUUCUGUGUAUUGGCAACCAAGCCCAUAUGGAAUUACAAAUGCAUAGAUAUAGUAUGACGUGGGAUAUAGAACCUGGGAUUGACAGUGCGUAUGGAAGGAAAGUAAAGGAAUGGGGAUUAGCAAUACAUGUUUCCAGUGCCAUGUUCCCCAGACUUGGCCCAACACUCCAUGGCCACUUCUCAGUCAUCACAAAAAGGGUGUUUGUUCUCUUAUUCAUUUGUCUGUACAUAUCUUUGUUGCCCAAAGGGUAGACAGUAAACACAUUACCACAAAAGUGAUCAUUUGUAAAUUGUAAUAACAUUAUUGUAUAACCUGUCAGCAUAAUGUAUAGCGCAGCCUAAGUGCGAAAGUAAUAAAAUGACUAAAGCAA